AUGAAUUCCCCUCGAUCCGCGUCGUCCAAUCCCUCUGCCGGAAGUCACCUUCGACGAGCGACGACUUCUGAAUCUAGCGGCUCUACCAGGUCUGUUCGCCGUCGAACUCGUUCUCCAAGACCUUCUGACUCGUCUUCGACGGAUUCAGACGCGGCUCAAUUCGAAGAGAUAAAGCGUCGUCUUGCUCCCGGAUCUGCGGUCCCUAGCUCUUCUGGGCUUACUUUCAAGAUUCCUUCCCUGAUAGACGAGCCUAUGAACGAUGGCUUGUCUUCUCCUAAUUUGGACGACGUCCCUUUGCCGACCGUGAAUCUCUUCAAUCAUAUGCCGGCGACGUCGAUAAAAAUUGAUGCGGCAGUUGACGCACUUCGUAUCGGGAAAUUAAAAGUUGAUGUGACAGUUGUUGCGGAUCGUCCCAGGAAACUGAACACGAAACCGAAGAUCUUGAUUCCGAACGCCUUUCAACGUCCCUGGGAUGCACCUUCCGGUUUUAUUUGUCUUUCAGAGAAAUACUUCACCGAGUGCGGACUCACCUUUCCUCUUCCGUCUUUUUUGAUGACGUAUUUUGCUCGUCGAAAGGCGGCUAUUUCCCAAUUUGCCCCGGCGACCUUUCGAAAUGCUGUCGGUCUUUCGAUCAUGGCCGAGGCUGCAAGGGUCAAGCUCACUUGUGAUCACUUUGAAGAGUUGACGUGUCUGAAUCCGUCGAGUCGGGAGAAGACUCCCGGGCUUUAUUACGUAGCCUCGGGAAAGAAGACGACGCUCGUCGAGGGUGCCAAGGGUAAAACGUAUAACUGGAAAGGCUCAUAUUUCUUUUUGGAAGUUGCCGCGGGGGUUAUGGAGGAUCCGUCGAUCCCUUGGUUUUCUGGGUGGAACCCUUCACCCGUUGUUAUUCCGAGGUGUUUGCUUCCAUACCCUUCUUCUUUCCGAGCUGAAAUAGACGCGAUUAAGCUCCGCUGCCCAUUCGUUUGGCCGGGAACCGAGGGUAGAAAGGAUCGUCCGCGGAAGUUAGCAUCUAGCCGAAGACCAAGGGCUGAGACUAUGGGGAAACUGAAUUUGAACGUUCCUAAUGCAUCCGCUCGCUAUCGCCAAGCUCCAGAGCCGUCGUCUCGGUCGGCUCCCCGACAGGAUGUUCGUCGAGGUUCCGAUCCCCCAGCUGCAGGAUCGUCCAAAAAGGUCCCCGCUUCCCCUCGUCGAGCUGUGGAUGAUCCUUCGCGGACGCGUCAAAGGUCUCCCCCGCCUAACCGCCAUACUGGCCCUGAAGAGACGCUCCCAAGGAGGAAGGUGGACGGGACUCCUGGUCGCAUUGCCGACCCUCCACAAAGGUCACAGAAAAGGAAAGAUGGCCCUGAACAAGAGCCAUCUGUCUCGCUAAAGAAGUCGAAGUCGUCUUUCUUCUGUUGA